AUGGAGAUCAUCUACGUGUACGCGCGGAAGCGCAGCGAGUUCGGCCGGCCCUGCAACUUCUCCGACCGACCGGCCAAGGUGAGCGUGGACAUCCCCCCCGACCCCAGCAUGGCCAGCAGCUUUGUCCUGAGGAACCCCGUGGACAGCUCCGUCCAGCACACCAGCGCAAUGUCGGAGCACGAGGUCAACACCGAGCGAGUGGAAGUGGAAUCCCGCGGUGUCAACCAUGUCGAGGGCGGCUGGCCCAAAGACAUCAACCCGCAGGAGGUGCAACAAACUACUCGCUUCAGGAAGAAAGUGGAGAAAGAUGAAAACUACAUCAACACCAUCGUGCACCUCGGCACCCUGAUGGAGCACUGUGUCAAGCAGAACAACGCCAUCAAUAUCUACGAGGAGUACUUUGGAGAGGAGGAGAUGGCAGAGGUGGAAGACGAGCCCCCCUCUGCAAAAACCAUCAAUAUCAUCAGGGAUCCAAACGUAACCAAGAGGACGGCCACGCAUCUCUCCUGGCACCCUGACACAUGCAAGAAACUGGCAGUGGCUUAUUCCAGCCUGGAGUUCCAGCAAAACAUGAAAGACAUGAGCUUUGACUCAUACAUCUGGGAUCUCGAAAACCCCAACAAGCCAGAGCUCGUUCUCAAGCCGUCAUCCCCUCUUGUGAGCCUGGAAUACAACCCCAAAGACUCGCACGUCCUGGUGGGAGGAUGCUACAAUGGGCAGAUGGCUUACUGGGACACCAGGAAAGGGGGGCUGCCCGUGGAGGUUUCCAGCGUGGAUGUCAGCCACCGGGACCCCGUGUACGGAGCCAUCUGGCUGCAGGCCAAAACGGGCAACGAGGGCUUCUCCACUGCUUGUCCCCUGCAGGUCCUGUGGUGGGACAUCCGCAAGCUGUCCGAGCCCACCGAGAUGCUGGUCUUGGACAUCACCCGGAAAGGGCUCCUGGAGAACGCCCUGGGUGCCGUCACGCUGGAGUUCGAGCCCACCAUGGUGAGCCUGCCUGCGCUCAACACCG